GUAACAGAAUAGACCCGAAGACCUUGGUUGAACAAUAUUUGAACUUGAAAAUGCAAUACGGAACGCAAAAUAAUGAUUUAAUAAAAUAAAUUAUAAUUUUGGAAAUUAUUAACAUUAUUUUUGCAAGGGUUAAACAAAAUUUGAUGUUACUGUUAAUCUGUGCAUUUUUUUUUCAGAUUUACCAAACAGUUAAAUUCCCAGAGACCGAAUUAUUAAAACGUUUCAACUUUGAACGAUAGAAAAUGGCGGCAAGUUCAUUUUGUAAACAUAAAUACAGUAAGAAACUGUUUAAAGAUGAAAACGGGCAAUCACUUCUUUUUGUUAUGCGACCAUGUAAAGAACGACAGAGGAUUGCUGCCAUGAUUGAAUAUGGUGGUGGUGAAAUCAAAUCGAAAGAAGUUGAAGGACGUACUUGCAUAAGAUUAGCUGAGAAAGAUAGUUGUACAUCAGGAGGAGAUUAUAUAUCAACUAAAUAUAUCACAGAUUGUUGUGAAGCAGAUACAUUAUUAGAUCAGAAAAAAUACAGGUUAAAUCCGUUUUUUGAUGCUGAUUUAGAACAUGCUCCUGUUAUUAUGAGUGUUCCACCAUCUAAACUAAAAGGGAGAAAGAAGUAUACUGAAGAUGAAGAUCUGUCUAUUAUAACAUAUAUUAUUAAAAAAAGACAGUAUAAUAAUGUUAGUGGAAUUAUACUGUGGAAGGAUAUGGUCAUGCUUAAGGUAACAGAUCAUUCCUAUCAGUCAAUGAGAGAGAGAUAUUUAAAAUACAUUCUACCCAAUAUAGAUAGAUAUAAAAUAGCCAAUUCCUGGAAAUCACUGCUAACAGGAAAUACAAAGAAAGCAUUAAACUCUUCAUCUAGUUUUUCAUCAGAUUCUUUAGAUGAAGGUAUUCAAUCUCUAGCAAAUCUGGCCUCCAAAGUUAAAAGUCCUGCAACAAAUUCAGAUCGAAAGAAAACAACGGAUUCACAAAACAAAAGUCCACUGAAAAAACCUGAUACUGCAACAAGUAAAUCACUGGUUGAAAAUGUGAAAAAAACUCCUGAAACUAGUAGAGCACCAGUUGUGAGCUCUACACCAAAGAAUGGCAGUGGCGUUCAAAACGAGUUGAAUGUAAACGCAGAAAUAUUAAGUGACGAUUCAAAUUUUCCUGAACCUCAGGAUGCCAUUAAAUUAAGACCUUUAACAUUCAGCUCUAGUCAGAGUGAGUUGGAGGACAAUAAUUCCAAAAAAAGUGAUUCCUUUGAUUCUGAGGACGAAUUUGAUAGAAAUUUGUACAAAUUAACAGAAAUGUCAUCUAAAGAGAACUCACCCCAGAAAAGACAAAAUCAAGAAAUCGAUGAUGGAGAACCGGUUGAGAAAUCCCCACGAAAAACGAUAAAUUCUAGUCCAGAAAAUGUUACAUAUGAAUCAUCAGAGGAGUCACCUCAGGAGAAGAAAAAAUCUGUUCCGUCUAAACGAUUGGAGUUUAUAACUACAAGAAAAGUUUCAGCUUUAAGAAAAGCAAAAUCCGGAAGUGAUGAAAAUGCCAGUGAUUCAGCGUCUCCUAAAAAACGACCAAACACCAGAAGUAAUAUGUCACCCACCAAGAGCCCAGUAAGCAAUAAACUAGAAACAUCUCCGACAAAGAAAAAGACUAGAGCUGGGAAUAAACCCUCGACUAGUAUCGACAUCACAACAAGUAACUUAUCCCCAUCCAAGAAAAAAAUGCCAGAAAACAAAGCAACAACAAGUGCGGAUUCCCCAGCGGAUUCCCCAGUUAAUAAAACAACUAGAAGUUCAUCUCUGACCAACAAAUCAGUCAAGACAGGUGAUUCAUCUCCAAUCAAGAAAACAUUACCAGCAAAUUCAUCCCCAUCUAAGAAAAAAACCUCUCCAACAAAGUAUUCCAUAGCUCAGCAUCCUACCCCUAUGAGGAAUAACAAUAAUAGUACAUCACCACAUAAACAAACAAAGAGUACAAAUGUGUCGCCAGUCAAACAAACUACGAGCAAAAAUAUAUCGCCAGUCAAACAAACAAUGAAUAAUGAUAAAGAUACAUCUCUAGUUACGAAGAGAAUCGUUCGCACUAGAAGUACCAGUAUAUUAUUACCAACAUCGUCUAAAAAUGAAAAAUCAGAAAGGAACCAUAGAGCAGGGUCAAGGAAUGAUUUAAAGAGUUUUAUUAUGGAUGAACUAUCAUGUGAUAGUCCAACUGAUGAUGGAGAUGAUGAUUCUGAUGAAUAUGAUCAAGUUCUUGAAGAUGUUGUUGGUGAAUUUAAAAUGAAGUAUGAUUUACCACGGGAAGAAACCUUACAAAUAUUGUGGACUAAUAGUGGUAGGGUUCGAGAUGCUAUACAUUAUAUAGAAUAUGGUGGGGACACGAACUGGUUACCAGGUUGGGGUCGACAUGAUGACGAUUUAUUGAGUAGUUCUAAAGAAGAAGAUAUUAAAAAACUUACCCGAAAGUUUGGUGUGGACGAAGUACAUAAACGUUGUUUAUUUCUAGAAGAUUUAAAUAAAUGACCGAAAGCACGUUAUUUAUUUCUAGAAGAUUUAAAUGACUGAAAGCACGUUAUUUAUAUCUAGAAAAUUUAAAUAAAUGACUGAAAGCACGUUGUUUAUUUCUAGAAGAUUUAGAUAUGACUAAAAGAAUGACUAUCAAACUACUGGUUAUUGAUCAAUGUGAACAGAAUUUAGGGUAUUUCUUUUUUAAUGUGUCAUGUUUUAUUUUCUAUAUUAAACACUUUUUAUGAUUUUAUCUUCCAUUAAGUGAUAAAUAAGUUGUUAAAUAGAUAUAUAUAUAUAUAUCACGUGAUUCACGUCCAAUAUCUAGUGAUGUCAUUAUUUUCCUGAAAAAUUAUACUCAGCCAAAUUAAAAACUUGACACUCAGGAUUUUUGGGACUAGAUUUUUAAUAUUUGGUUUAAGGCAACUAUUUUAGUGUUAUGCUGUGCACAGACGACCUUGACAUCAACAGAAAGCAAAAAUACGUCUCGCCGAAAGUCCUUGACAUUGAUAACGUUUGUGAUGUCACAGUACCCCCCAAAAUGAAAUUCACAGACUUGGAGAACAAUCGGAAUAAAGUGUUUAGUAACGGUUGUGGCCUCCUCUAGGUCUUGUACUGCCACACAACGUCUUCUCAUGGAUCUCAGAACAUUAGUAAACACUACCCGAGGAAGACGUUGCCACUGCUCAGCAAGAGCAUGUUGAAGGUCCUGCAACGUCAGUGGUGGAUUCACUUGCUGACGAACAUGUCAACCCAGUUCGUCCCAGAUGUGUUCAAUAGGAUUAAGGUCGGGGCUAAGCGACGGCCAAUCCAGGACUUGGACACCGGCAUUUCUUAAAAAAUUCUGGGUAGCAAUUGCUGUAUGGGGUCGAGCAUUGUCUUGUUCAAAUGUUAGUCCAGGCCCAUGUCUCUGCAUAAACGGAAGAAGAACAGGUUGCAAAAUCUGAUCCCUGUACUGGACAGCAUUUUAGUUCCCUUGGACAACAACAAGAGGAGAACGUCCAUGUGCACAAAAAGAACCCCAAACCAUGACGCUGCCGCCACCAAAUCGGUCAACUUCUCUGACGCAUACUUGAGCGUAACGUUCACCUCGUCUGCGGUACACUCGGACCCUGCCAUCGGCAAAUCUCAAAGUGAAUCGUGAUUCGUCACUAAAGACAACCGAAUUCCACUGUCUUUGAGUAAAUCUUAUGUGUCUUGUGGUCCACACAAGUCGGUUACGGCGAUGAAGAGGUGUCAAUAUUGGUCCAUUAUAGGGCCUCCGAGCUCGAAGACCAGCAGCCUGCAAGCGAUUUCGAACAGUUUGUGCAGUUACCCUUCCACCAAACAUCUCUCUACUUGUGGAGGUUGCAGUGACAAAUCUGUUUCUAAGAUGACGUAAUCGUAUUGCUUGAUCUUCCUGGAGUGAUGUCACACGUGGCUUUCCCGCCCUUGGGCGGUCGGCAAUAAUUCCAGUUUGAAGCACUCUCAUUCUAAGAUUAAUUAUUGUCUGGCGUGAACAAUUAAAGGCUCUUGCAACAGUGACCACAGACUGACCAGCAUAGAGCCUACCUAUAGCACGUAGACGUUCUACAUUUGAAAGGCGCGGCAUUUUCUAACAAAGAUGAAAAUAACAAUUUUAAUUUGUUUUUCCUGUUCAAGUUACCUGUGCGUGUUUAGUUUAAGCAAACUUGCAUCGAUUGACCUCAUGAGUUUGUGUUUGCACAUGUUUUUCAGGUUUUUCAUCUUUAUAUGCUCAAAAGUCACGUAAUCCAUGUGACUUUACAAUUUUAUGAAAUUAAAGGCUUCUUACUACUUACUAUCGUUAGAAACACUUUAAAAUUUAUUUGACUUACCAGAAAAAAUUUUUUGUUGAAAUUCAUCAGUGUCAAGUUUUUAAUUUGGCUGAGUAUAUAAAGAAUUGUCACUAAUAUACACUAUUUAAGUUGGAAAUCGGGGGGCGAUGAUAGUUAAGUGGCACUGGAUUCUCAACUAGAAUAUCAUGGGUUUGAAUCCAAGCUUGGACUCGGUAGAACCUUCAGAUUUUUAAAGCCAGGUCUUCAAUUGUCAGGUGUGACCAGUCGCUUUGAUGGGACGAAAAACCGAUGUGUAUGUAAAUAACCCUUGACACAGGUCUGGAUGGGACGAAAAAAAAAACAGGGUCUUGUACAAAAGCACUUAUAAAUCAAAGAAGUUGUGCUGAAACAUUGCUGUCCAGGCAUAAUUUCCUGCCAUGCAUAACACAGUUCACAUGUAACACUAGAAUAGAAUAUAGCAUGUUAGUUUCAGUUUCAGAAUUACCAAACUUUUGUAUUGAGAAGAUUUUAAAUUCCAGUUCAUUUUAAUUUUCAAAUCAUCAUGUAUUUUGUAUUGUAAAUUUUAUAAUCUACGAAUAUAUAUGACAUGUAUUUAGAUUAAAAAUUGUUUGAGAGGUAUAAUCCUCGGCUUGAUGUUGUUAUUGUUACUACUGUGACAAAUAAAGUUAAUUAUAU